AUGCCGCCGGAGACGGCCCCCACCGACGCGGCCCCGGCUGCCCCGCCGGCCCCCGCCGCCAACGGCCUCCCACCCCCUCCCGGACCCCCGCCCGGGGUCCAGCCGUCAGAUCCGCCCCCACCUACCUCGCCCCCCCCGGCUUCGCCACCCACCGUCCACGUCGCCCACCCCCUGGCCAAGCCGAGCGCCCUGCCCCCCAGCGCGCCUCCCGGCGUGGCCCCGGCGAAUGGCCUGGCCUGGCUCGCCAACGGCGGCACGCCUGCCAAUCCUCAGCCUCAGAUCGGCAGCCCUUCACAGGGAUCUCCGCCUCGAGGCCCCCCGUCGCCCUCUGGUGCUCCUCCCGGUGUGAACGGCCCUCAAUCUCAAGAGGCGCCUCAAGUGGGUGCUCCUGCAUCCCCGCCACAAACCUCGCCUGCGCAGGGUCCUCCGGGGGUCAAGCCGCAGCCACCCCCUGCAUCUGGCCCUCCCAGUGGGCCUCCUGCUGGAGGCCACCCCAAUGGAGGGCCUGCCACUGGGCCUCCCAUGGGAGGGGCCCAGAAUGAGGUGCCUGCAGGGCCACCGCCCAUGGGGGCAUCAGCAGGGCCUCCUGGCAUUGCAGCUGGUGAUGGGCCUCCUAGCGGCCCACCUACUGGGCCACCUUCUGGACCACCUACUGGGCCACCUACUGGGCCACCUACUGGGCCACCUACUGGGCCACCUACUGGGCCACCUACUGGGCCACCUACUGGGCCACCUACUGGGCCACCUACUGGGCCACCUGCUGGGCCACCUACUGGUCCACCUACUGGCCCAACUACUGGGCCCCCUUCUGGCCCACCUACGGGUGUGCCUGCAGGUCCGCCAAGUGGGCCUCCAAGCGCCGGUAGGGGCCGCGGCGGCCCGCCGGAUGGCCCGCCGUUGAUGGGCCCCAUGGGGAGGGGUGGCCCCCCGCAGAUGGGGAGGGGACGAGGGAUGCCCCCAGGGCCGAGCUAUGGAAGAGGCCCUCCUGGUGGCGGUUACGGUCCCCGGGGACCUGGGUACGGUCAGGGAAGCAGCAGCGGACCAGGAGGAUGCAGCGCUGGGGGCGGUUUUGGCAGAAGUUAUGGCCCAGGACGCUCUCAGGAGGGAGGGUGUGGAGGGAGGCGUACUGGUGGAGGCACUGAAAACUUCAGGAACCUGGGUGACGAGCUGGCUGGGGUGAUGUUCGGUGAGGACUCCUGGACAUGCAUCAUCUGGCGCUCAGUAUACUCUCAACCUGACCUUGCAGAAGUCAGAUGGUUCACAUGGAUUCUGCUUUUGCCUUUGUUUGGGCAUCGUGCAGUGGCAAUAAGUCCAAGUUUGCAGCAUGGCAUUGGAACAGGAUAA